GAAAUUGAUUGGUUGGCUACAUAUAAUAGCUCUAAGGCAGAGGGAUGAUAUGUAAUGACGCUCUUCCGUCAAUUCAGGACGGCCACGAACACACUUCGAAAACAUCAUAAAACUGCAUGAACGUCGCGGUCUUUGCACGCAGUUAUUUUUUACAUUCUUCGAACAUUUCGGAAGCAUUAUCCUAGAAAAAUAAACAUGGAAAACAAGGAAGCUAUGGAUUUUAAUUUUGCGAAAAGUAGCAGAAGUUCCACUGCCAAUCGCAUUCGUUUACUUAUAUGUCCGACUACAGGAGGAAGUUUUGAGCUGAAUUUACCAGCUCACGAAACAGUUACUGGACUAAAAAAUGCAAUUUCCAGAAAGUUAAAAAUUCCACAAGCAAAGAUCAACUUACUGUACAAAGACAGACUGUUGAAGUUUGGGACGUUGAAGGACAACAGAAUUACAGACUGUAGUCAGGUGACAUUGCUGCCUACACUAGAAAGUGGAUUCUCUUACCCACGUGAAGAUUCAAGUGUUGUGCAGGCCUUGGAAAGUCUAUCAGAUUCUCAGGUGAAUGAUUUCCUAUCUGGUCGUGCCCCACUGGUGCUUGCGAUGCGGGUUGGUGAUCACAUGAUGUUUAUACAGCUGCAGUUGUCAACCUCACAGUGUAGUGGCCGUCGGGCUCGCCCUGCCCCUGUUAUGGUUCCCUCCCCUGGGCAGAUCUCUGACCACCAAGAGAUCCCCUCGCCAACUGCUCCUCAUGGCAGUCACACCCUGUCUCAGAACAUCAGUCAGUUCUCAAACUUCCCAGCUUCCUCUCCACAACAGCAUACCACAAAACCUGGAGCUUCUGAAGUUUUGUCAUCAAGAACUAGCCCUGUGGGACCGUUCUUUUCUUCGUCCCCUCAACCCAGCACUACUUCACCUCUCUCUCCAGCCCCAGCUCCAGGGGCUGUCAUUGAGAGCAUGCAUCAUCUUGGAGGUGGAGUCUAUUCUGGAAAAUUUUCAGGUACAUUGGACCCGACCCUGCAGGAUCAGGGUGGACGUCCUCGUAGAGACAUCAGUACCAUCAUUCAUAUCCUCAAUGACCUACUUGGAGCUACUCCACAGUAUCGCCAGGGACUAACAGCCCAACACCCUCAAACCUCUUCAUCUCGUCUCCAUACCCACUGUAAAGGAAGUCAUAGACAAGAUCUACGCAGCAAUGAGAAACCUGAUGACUCCAAGUUGAGGCAGAAAGUUCAACAACUCAAGAGAAUGAUGGAAGAACGCAAAUUCCGUCGCAGAGAACGACGUGAUAUACGAGCUCCAUACCAUUGGCACAAUCGCAAUUUCAACUGUGGUCAAGGUCAUGUAUGUAUCCAUGACAACAACAAAAUUCAAAGUCAAGGUCAUAAUGACCAAGAAGUCACAGAAGAUGGCGUCUCUGUCAGCUCUGGUUACCAAGGUAAUGGAAGCAGCAUUGAGCAAGAUUCAUUAGCCGUAUGAAGAGGAUCAAAGCAUUUGGUCUACGGUCAGUUUUCCCCAUAAAACUGACAUACUUGUUUGUCAGUUUGGUUGAGUGCCAUGUUCUGUUGGUGCUUGGUAACUUUUUUACACCAAUUUGUGCCAUAGAAGUCUAGUUGAAGCCGUUUUGAGGAGACAGACGCUUAUGAUCAUGUUGGAGAUUGUCAACAGAGUGGAGCUCUACCGAGACUUGGAAGCUCCACAUCAGCAUCAGGCAAAUCCCUAGCUGGCCCUGCACCAAUGGGGUAUAGGGAUACUCCAGGUCAUGAAGCAAAGCAGGCUUGGUGGGUUUUAUUGUUUGUUACCUCCAAAAGUUUGCCUCAUAAAGGCAACAUGGAGUAGAUUUAUUUGUAUGGGUUCGAGUCGCUACCUCUUUAGGAAGUGACACACUUGACACUGCAGCAUAAUGCCAGUAUAUAGGCAGAUAGGCUAGGAGCACUCUCAUAUUAGCAACAUAUAUACAGAUUUUUAUCAGAAUCUUACAAAUCCACAUAUUUUCUAUUCAGCAAAUAACACAUUUUCGAGGUACCCAGUACAUGUUAUUUCAUUUCAGAACAUCUUUGUGCUACCCAAAUUUAUCAAAUUUAUUGAAAAAUGAGUUCUGAUGCAGCAUUAUCUUAAUUGAACCAAAUUAAAGCAUAUGAAAGUGUGCAAUAGAAUUUCUUAGGUAUUUUUUUUUAAAAACUGGUACAAGUUUAACAUAUCAACAACAUCAGAAAUCCCAAACUUGUAUAAUAUGCAUUCUGAAUAUGGAAUUAAUAGUCAAUCAGAAAAGAAAAUGAUAGCUAUUUAAAUUAUCUUGAACCUUUUUCAAAUAACAGCAGAUUGGAUCAAUGACAUUUCUGGAUGGAUUUACUGUCAAAAGUUUGAAAGUUGCAAUGGUCAUCGAAAGUAUGUUCAGAGAAUUAUGUGUAUUUUUUUGCAUGUCUCAGCACACUGCAGUGUGAUAUGUACGAACAGAAGGAAAGUCAAGUUGUUGGUGGUAUGUUACAAUACCAUUUAGCCUAUACCAGCUCCUAGUGGGUUUGGUGGCUUAAAUAUAGCUGUAUCUUAUAGCAAAUAGUUCAUACAUUAAUGAAAUUGUAAAUAUGUUUUAUUGUCAUUUUUCAUUACACUUUAAUCAUUAAAUGCUUAGACCCUUCCAUAUGUAUAUUCAUAAAUGUUAUUAUUAUACUUGAUAUGCAAAGUCUGAUAAGAUUUGAAAUCAAUGCCCAGUUAUCUCCCCUUUCCCAUUAACUACUUCAUUUCUUUGGUGUUCAGUACAGAAACAUUCAUACAAACAGAAAAUAUUGACCCCUGUGUAUUUUUAUCAAUCAUUUAUGUUUCGCCAUUUUCAUCACCUGUGAACUUCCACAAAUGGUAUGUGGAAGAGAUGCAUUUUGUAUAAAGGCUUUUGUCUUUUAUCUUAAAUGAUUAUGGGUAUAAAUUUUAUUCUUCCUCUCUCAAAAACAAUCAACUGUAUGUUACAUAGUAUAUUUGGCAAUAAUAUAGUUAUAUUGAUGUGAUAAAGGACUCUAGCUGGAGUCUGGGUAUGUGUGGUAAACGUGGUAGAAACUAUGUAGAGAUUCACAUACUUAGAAGUCACUGUAGAUACCUCCUGCCCUUUUUUCCGUUAACCAUUGCAUUAGAAUACUUAAUUCCUAACCAACUUGUAUUCAUACCCAUUUUAUGCACAAAUUCAUGUUGAAUUUAUAAAAACUAAGAAAAAAUAAUAUACAUGGCACCUGUGUAAUCCAGAUAAUUGAUAUAAGAAAUAUUUUAAUGGCUAAUAUGGCAAGAAGUUAAAUAUCAGGUUUUUAUCUUACCUUAUGUUUCUCCUUGGUUUUUUAUGCACAACUACAUGUAUUGUGACAGAUUUUUUGUAUGCUAUAUGUAUGGCAGAACAUAUUCAUAUCAAUUUUAUUUUGCAGAAAUCUCUACUUAAAAUGACACUUAUGUAAUAGGUAUCAUGGUGUAUAAGAUUCCAUGUUAUUAUAAUGAAAGUUUUAAAAUCUAUUUAUAAUGAACAAGUUUUCAUAUUCAUAUUUUAUGUUAUAUUCAAACAAUUUUGUUCCAUGUGAUUGAAGUCAGCACAAAACAUUUUCAUCAUUUAAAUCAUCAUGUUGUAUUAUUGUAUACAUUGUACAAUGUAAGAAAUUUCCGAAUGGAAUAUGUGAAGUUCAAAGUGUUGAAUAGAAAUUAAAUUCAAAAUGAUUUAAUAUUUUUGAGAGAAUAAACUAUAUUUAUGUUUGAAAAGUAAAUUUUAAAUGAAGAGACUGAAUUACCUCAAGACAAGGCAGAGAUUGAAAGCAGGGUAACGUGGAUAAUUUUAUUAGUGAAUUCAUUGUUACGUUGGUUAUUUCCAGAUUUUCCUUUUUUUUUUUAUUAUAAGGCCAGUGAAUGAGUGAGUUUGUCUGUGUUCCGUCACCUCUACCAUGUAAUCAGUAUCGUUGAUAAUUUUAUGUAAAUAUUUAGAUAUGUUUGACUUGGAAUUUAUUCCAUUGGAUUAUAGUCAAGAGGAAUGGAAGAAAACAUACGCACACAUUGUUUUAUUGAGCUACCUUGCCAUUUUCAUAUCAAACUUUUGUAAACAUUUCCCCACGUGUCAAGAGAUAUAAAUGUAUAUACCCGUUGUAGAGUUCUAGGUACCUCCAUUGAUAUCUUAAUCUUCAGUACUAACAUUUCUGAAUACUUACAAUCAGUGGUAAAGCAACUUUAUUAAGGAUCGAUAAAAUUGUGUAGAUAUUAUCUACCAAUAUAACUAGUCUCAUGAAACGUGCUUAAAUCAGCCAAUAGAUUUCUUAGUCAUGCUCUCUUUUAUUAAACGGAAAACUUAAAAAUAUAAUAUUGUUUAUACAAAUGUCCCAGGGUACAUGAAUAUGACUGAUUUUGGUCCAAUGAAAUGUCUUUAAUCACUCCAAAUGUUUGUAUUAAAAUUUGAUAGGUGGUUUAAAAUAUGUGAAUCUUUGGUUAAAUACACAAAUGGAAAUAAUGUGCAAUUAUUUAUAAACCAAUACAUCAACUCAAGUGUUGACCUUGGCAACCAUUUUCAGUUGGUAUUUUUUCAUUCUGUGAAAAAAAAAAGUUCUAGAAGUUCUAUAUAGGGUGAUAAUGGCUACACAUUGUGUAACUGAAGUUUUUCCCUGUGUGUAAUAAUACACUGAUCCCUUCUUUGUGCCAAUAAUUAUCAGAUUGUGGGUCAGUUUUACCAACAGCGAUAAAAAAACCCGCAUGUAGCACUACAGUUAAACGUGUGUAUAUAAUUGAUACAGCAGCACCAACAAGGGAAAUAAUUGAUGUUAUAUAUAUUGUAGUUAAUUUUGGUGAUAUAUAAUGUAGAUAGUGGGAAUAUUUAUUUAUAUUUUUAUUUUUUCAACGAGAGAAACGUUGUUACUUACAUAGAAUGUUUUCAUAUCAACAAAAUUAAUCAUAUAUAUUGAACCUUUUUUUGUGUAAAAUCUAUGAAAUUUUACUCAAUUUUUGACUUUUAUAUCUAUAUGUGCUGUAAAUCACCCACUGCCCCAUCUUUGUUUUUUGUUGUAAUUACCAUGGCGACAAUCCAUAUAUCAUCAAUAGUUUAUUUCAUGUUUUUACUAGCUAUUAGCUCAUACUAAUUUCCCCCUUUCCUUUUAAGAUUUCUUAUAUCAUACACCACUUAUGUUCAUCUAUUAUUUCAUCUAAUAACAGAAAUAUUCAUUUUGUCCUAUCACCAGUACUCUUCAAUCUAAAAAUAUGCUCGACAGAUUUUUUUAUAAGUUUAAAAAAAUGGAAACUAUCAUUAAAACCAUCUACACUCCAGCUUCAGGAAAUUCAAAUAGUAGAGGGGUUGUUAAAGCAGAUGGCAGUUGGCAAUAAUGCAGUAUACCAUAUAUCAAUCCCCUCUAACCAAUCCCCCAACUCCCAAAAUAUAAAAAUACUUUCAUUAUCUUUAUGUGACAUGAAGCUCUUAGUUGUGUGGUGUUUAUUCAGACAGGUAGACAGGUAUGAUGUCUAAUUUAUCUAUUCAGUUAUAACAACUGAUAUUAAUUUCUUUUUCUUCAAAGAACAUAUUUUUGUACUUUCAAAUUUGAUUAUGUCUUAAUGUAUCUUUAUAUUUUUUUUCAAUUUAUUACCGAUAAGAGAUAAAAAUACCAAUAACUUGCACCUGCUUUUACAAUACUGCCAACAUACAUAGCUCAAGAAAGAGUGAAGAAAUUUACAAUACUGCCAAUAUUCAUUGCACAAGAAAAUGUAAAAAUGGGCUUAUAUAACAUAUCUUGAGGUUAUGUAUUUUAAAAUUUGUCUGAUACUAAGAGUGGCUAGAAACAGGUCAUUGAAACAGAAUUUAUGAUUGGUGUAAAUGGUCUUCAGUAGUACAGAGAUAAAAAUGGAAAUCAUAACAGAGGCUGAAUGUUGUGUUUAAUGGAAGCUAAAUAUAGUAUAUCUAUCGAGUCAAAAAGACUGGAAUUAUCAAUAUUCUGGUAGUUAUAAAGGCUGAAAUCAGUCAAAUGGCUGAAGAUUUCCUCUCGGACAGUAACAGUGAAGAAGUUUAGUAUAACCAACACAAUGUAUUAUUUUCUCACUUAAAUCAUCAUUUUACUUUGUGUAGGUGCUUAAUCUGUAUUGUCAUGUCUUUCCCCCUAAAAUCUCAGCUUGUUUCUUCCUAAUGAAAAUAAAAUCGGUUUGUUUCUUUCUAUUUCAAACAAAACCUCAGUGUGUUUCUUUUUAUUGAAAAUAAAACUGUCUUUGAAAUUUCGUCCAUGACUACAGAUAUAGAAAAAAAUGCUGAUAUCUUGUUUCAGUUUAAUUGUUUCAAAUUGUUCACAUAUGACAUUAAGACAUCAGUUAAUAAAAACAUUCAAAACAUAAA